AUGGCACAGGCAGAGGCCUUGGCCGGACUCCAGGCAGAGACCAAAUGCCCCAUCUGUCUGGAUAUCCUGACAGACCCAGUCACCAUCGAAUGUGGACACAACUUCUGUCAGUCCUGCAUCAAAGACUUCUGGGCAGUGCUGCCAGGCAGGUUCUCCUGUCCUGUCUGUCGGCACCAGUGCCAGAAGCAAAUCCCUAGAUGCAACACCCAGCUUGGAAUGAUGAUUGAAGCUGCCCAGCGGCUCCACAGCAGGAAGAAGAACAAAAGCGAGGGGCAGGAGAGCAGUACCAGUUGUGAGAUGCACAACGAGGUCUUGACGCUCUUCUGUGAGGAUGACCUGCAGCUGCUGUGUGACCAGUGCAUUGGGCCUGCUAGUCACAAUGGCCACCAGGUGACACCCAUUGUACAGGCUGCUUCUCACCGCAGGGAGAAGCUUCAGGGCUUCAUCAAGCUCUUGGAGUGUAAAAUGAAAGAAGCUGAAGAGUCAAUCAGCAUUCAGAAGGAAAGAACCGAGGCCCUGAGUGAGGAGGCAGACGCUCAGAGGGGGAAACUGACUGCUGAAUUUGAGCAGUUGAACUGGAUUUUAUAUCAGGAACAGCAGGCAGCAUUCUCCAGGUUAGAGGACCAGGAGAUGGAUACUGAGCAGAAACUGCUUGACAACAUAGCAGCAUUCAAAAACUAUGGCUCCAAGCUCAGAGAUCUGCUGAGCCCAGUGUUUACUAAGAGGGAACUAUCUGAAGCAGAACUGCUGUCCACAGUCAAGGAUUUCCACCAGAAUGUGGAGACUGAGAUAAGCCCACCACCUUUUUGUGUUCAGUUCAGAAGAGACUUAUUUAACUUUCCUCUAGAAUAUCUCCCAAAUUCAGCCCUAGAACGAGUUAUAAAACAAUUUACAGAGCAAGUAACUCUAGACCUGGAAACAGCCCAUCCAAACCUGCUUGUUUCUGAGGAUAAAAAAUGUGUAACAUUUGUGAAUGAAAGACAAUGUGGUUCUGCUUCUUCAAAAAGGUUUACCAAGAGCCCUGUUGUGUUGGGCUUUCCUUAUUUUUCUUCUGGGAGACAUUUCUGGGAGGUGCAGGUAGGAAAGAAGGCCGAAUGGGCUGUUGGUAUCUGCAAGGCUGAUUUGCCCAUCAGGGAAAGGCAGUCCUCUAUCCCCCAGGGAUGCUGGAGGAUUGUCUGGCAGGGGGACCACUUCGAUGUCUCAGGAGCUGACCCAGACUCCCAGUUUAAGCAUGCCAGAGCCAUUGGUGUUUUCCUGGACUGUGAACUGGGAGAGCUUUCCUUCUAUUGCAUGCCCGAGAGAUGUCACAUCUACACCUUCAGUGACACCUUUCCUGGUGCUGUUUGUCCUUAUUUCUACAUAGGACCUCGAUCAGAACCUCUUAGACUCUGUUCUGCUACAGGUUCUGAGUGA